AUGACAAUAUACGAUGCUGGCCGGACAGGCCUUCAUCACAUCCACCAGCUUACCCGCCGUGCCGAUGAUAACCCGCAGGAUACGUCCAACUCGGCCUCGGGAUUGGUCGUCACCUUGGUCCCGUCCUUGGUGGUGGCCGUCGCGAUGGUUUUGGUCUUUGUGAUUCUGCGCCGAAGUGAGCGCCGAAUGUAUAUGCCGCGGACGUACCUGGGAGUCUUGCGCCCCGAGGAGCGGACGCCCCCUUCCUCUACCGGUCUGAUCAAUUGGCUUCGUGACAUGUAUCAACUGCCCGACGAAUAUGUCCUGCAGCAUCAUUCUAUGGACGCCUAUCUCCUGCUGCGCUUCUUGAAGACGGUUUCGAUGAUCUGCUUCGUGGGCGCGUGCAUGACCUUCCCGAUUCUCUUCCCCGUCAAUGCGACCGGUGGCGGCAACAAGGAGCAGUUGGACAUCCUAAGUAUCGCCAACGUCUCUGACCAGACCUACGGACGUUACUUUGCCCAUGCUUUCGUCGCAUGGCUGUUUGUUGGAUUUGUCUUCUUCACUAUCACCCGUGAGAGUCUUUUCUACAUCAACUUGCGACAGGCCUACGCGCUUUCUCCGGCUUACGCCAACCGGAUCUCGUCCCGCACCGUGCUUUUCACCGCAGUCACUGAAGAUUACCUGAGUCGCGACAAGAUCCGCCAGAUGUUCGGUCCCGCCAAGGUGCAAAAUGUUUGGAUCGCCACGGACACCAGCAAAUUGGAGGAGAAGGUCGAAGAGCGCAACGAUGCUGCCAUGAAGCUCGAGGCUGCAGAGACGAAGCUCAUCACCCUUGCUAACGCCGCCCGCCUCAAGGCAUUGAAGAAGCAGGGCAACGUGGAAGACGGUCCAAUUGUUCCCGAGAACAUUGGCGAAGAGCCUGAUGAUGAAUCCGGCUCGGUGGCUGCUCGCUGGGUCAAGCCGAAGGACAGACCUAUGCACAGACUCAAGAUGCUCAUCGGAAAAAAGGUGGACACCAUCAACUGGGCCAGAGCUGAAAUCGAGCGUCUCACUCCGGAGAUUGAAGAGCUGCAGGAGAAGCAUCGCGCCGGAGAUGCGAAACUGGUCUCCUCGGUCUUUGUCGAAUUCUACCACCAGGCAGAUGCGCAAGCCGCUUUCCAAUCUGUUGCUCAUAACCUUCCCUUGCACAUGGCCCCGCGAUACAUUGGCCUUGAACCCACCCAGGUCAUCUGGUCCAACCUGCGCAUCAAAUGGUGGGAGCGCAUCAUUCGGCAUUCCGCAACUAUCGCUUUCGUCGUCGCUUUGAUCAUUUUCUGGGCAAUUCCCACGGCUGUUGUUGGUGCUAUCUCUAACAUCAACUUUUUGACGGACAAGGUCAAGUUCCUUUCGUUCAUUGACAACUGUCCCGAAUGGCUUAAGGGUGCCAUCACAUCUCUUCUUCCGGUUAUUCUGAUGUCGGUGCUCAUGGCUCUUUUGCCCAUCAUCCUGCGAUUGAUGGCGAAAAUUGGAGGCGCACCUAGCCAGGCCGAGGUUGAACUCACCACCCAGAACUUCUAUUUCGCAUUCCAGGUGGUUCAAGUCUUCCUCGUCGUUACUCUCGCCUCGUCUGCCAGUUCAGUGGCCACUAAGAUUGUUGAAAAACCGCAAGAGGCGGCGUCUCUGCUGGCGAACAACAUUCCCAAGGUCUCCAACUUCUAUAUCACUUACAUCCUGUUGCAAGGAUUAUCGUUUAGCUCGGGAGCCUUGCUUCAAAUCAGCGGACUGGUGAUCGGUAAAAUCCUCGGAAAGUUCUUGGACAACACUCCCCGCAAGAUGUAUACUCGCUGGUCCACCCUCGCCGGACUGGGAUGGGGCACUGUGUACCCUGUUUUCACUCUUCUGGCUGUUAUUGCCAUCACCUACUCUUGCAUCGCUCCUCUCGUUAUGGGAUUUGCCGCCAUUGGCCUUUAUCUCUUCUAUUUUGCCUACCGCUACAACAUGCUGUACGUUUCCAAUGCGCACAUUGAUACGCAGGGCAAGGCAUAUGUCCGCGCCUUGCAGCAAAUUACAGUUGGCUGUUAUCUUUUGAUGGUUUGCUUGAUUGGUUUGUUUGCCAUUGGCACGGCUAGCAGCCGCAUCGCACUGGGUCCGUUGAUCCUUAUGAUAAUCCUGCUCGUCUUCAUCAUCAUCUACCACCUCUCCCUCAACAGUGCGCUCACGCCUCUGAUCAACUACCUACCCAAGAAUCUUGAGGCCGAGGAAGAGGCUCUUCUUUCGCGCGAGAAGGCCGACUAUGGCCAUUCCUCUGGCGAGCACUCUGAUGAAGCCGGGCCGAGUGGUGUACCGCAGGAGCGCGUUGGGACUGUCGAUUCUGCCGAGAAGGGAUUGACCGGUAAGGCGCCUCACGAGGAAGGCCAAUCCAACUUCCUGGUCAGAUACCUUCGACCCGACAAGUAUAGUGGAUAUGCGCAACUGCGCCGCUGGGUUCCCAACGCCCAUGAAUCUGCCAGCUACCCCCCCGAAGUCGAAAGUGCAGCAUACCAUCAUCCCUGCAUCAGCGCCCAGGCCCCUCUUCUCUGGAUUCCUCGUGAUGAGUUGGGUGUGAGCAAGCAGGAGAUCGCGCACUCCAUCAAGGUGAUCCCUAUCACGGAUGAGGACGCAUGGCUGGAUGAGAAGAACCACAUUCACUGGGAUAUGGACAAGGGUGUUCCGCCUAUCUUCGAAGAGAAGGUCCACUACUAG